AGAAGAGAGAGAGAUAUAGAGAGAGAAAAUGGAUAGGGUCUUUUCAGUGGAUGACAUGGCUGAACAGUUUUGGACUUCUCCGGCGCCGGCGUCCGUUCGGAGAAUCGCCGCCGACGAGAUCACGUCGCCGUCAACAGCUGCAGCUAUGAAUCGUAGCUUAUCUGUAUGGGCAUUUGAGAAAUUCAUUCAGGAAGCUAAUCAUAAGCAAUCUGAAUCAUCUCCUCCUUCAUCUUCUCUUUCAGUUUCCGGCAGCGGAGAGUCUUCUUUAUCGAGGCCAGAAAUCGAAUCAGUGAAAAAGAAUGACCGGAAUCAUUCGACAUCGAUAUCUGUUCUUCCUGAAAAAGGAUUAUCUCCGAAUAUUCCGAUGGAUUCUGAAGAUUAUCAUGCUUUCCUUGAAAGCCGUCUUAAUUUGGCUUGCGCUGCUGUUGCAAUGACUCGGGGAUCAUUUGGAAAAACACAAGAAACUGGUGUUGCUGCUACUGAAAAUGGGACACAAGCUAGUACUGCUCAGCUCGGUUUUGAGCUCACAUCAAAAGUAACUGAAUCUGGAACUUCCAAGGAUAAAGAAGUGAGUGGACCACUUAGAAUACCUUCUUUACCAGCAGCAUCCAUACAAAGUAAAUCUCUCAAGUCGGCAACAAGUGGAUCUGAACAGUCAGACGACGAUGAACUCGAGGGAGAAACAAUGCAGAGCACUGAUCCAACCGAUGCUAAACGCGUUAGGAGAAUGCUUUCGAAUAGGGAAUCAGCUAGACGAUCUAGAAGAAGAAAACAAGCCCAUUUAACUGAUCUCGAGACUCAGGUUGCUCAAUUACGUGUCGAGAAUUCUUCUUUGCUUAAAAGAUUAACCCAUAUCAGUCAACAGUACAAUGAUGCAUCUGUCGACAACCGAGUCCUUAAAGCUGAUGUAGAAACUUUACGGGCAAAGGUUCAGAUGGCUGAAGAGACUGUCAAGCGAAUGAGUGGACUAAAUCCGCUUUUUCAAGCAAUGUCUGAAGCAUCUUCAAUGGGGGUGAGAUCGUUUGAUAGAAGUAGCCCAUCCGAUACAACAACAGAUACAGCUGUUCCUAUACAAGACGAAUCAAAGCAGAAUUUCUACAAUUUUGCAUCUGAUAAGAACAUAAUUGUCGAGAUUAAUCCUCCUGCAGGCAUUGUAAGAGGUAACAAUAAGAUGGAGAGGACAUCGUCAAUGCAAAGAGUGGCUAGUUUGGAGCAUCUGCAGAAGCGGAUAAGGGGCGGUUGCAGUUCGAAGGGAAGUCAGAAGGGAAAUGGAGAACAGUAGAUUUUCUAUAAGAUUGGUGCCAAAUGAAAUUGUCAUUUUUUUACCCUUUAGUUGUAUUUAAGGGAUUUCAAUUGUUGUAGUGUUCCCUUGUUGAUAAAAAAAACAGGUUCUUUCCUUGGAGUUCUAUUGUUCAAUGAUUUAUAUGUGUCAUUACACCACCA